UUCUGUUGGAGGAUUUCGCUUUUACGUCAAACGAAAGACACUAAAAACAUUUUUUAGUAUGUUCUUGAAAACGCAUGUUAAUAAUCACGUGUUUAUUUCUGCAGAGGGCGUUUUUCUGUCCCGUUUGGAGCUUCCGGUUUCCCCUCUUUGGCAUAAAAGGCACGAGGUAAACAGCAGUAUUUUCCGCUGUAAACUUCAAUCAACAGCUUCACAGUUUCACUGAAAUCCUCCGAAAAUGGGUCACUGCGUUUUUAUCAUUUUAGCGGCUUUAUUUGCCGUCGCAUCGACACAGUUUAUCCCGCCGUACACAGAAGACUGUCGUACAGAAAUGUAUCCUCCAAAAGGCCCCACGUUCAGAGGAGCGGUCAGCUGGUACACGGUGGACCUCGACUUGCCGCCUAUCGAGAGAUGGAAACCUCUGAUUAGUGACAAAAAAGCUGAUCUGGUCAACAUGAUUCAGGCCAUCAGAGACUUGGCGGAUGCUUUUGUGCCCAGUGGGAAGCUGGUGGAGCUGGUUGACCUCGUGCUGCCUUUGAUGGUGGACACGCUCCCUGACCCCUUCGGGGAGGAAAUCAAAGGGAUUGCAGCAGCUUCAGGAGUUCCUCUUGGUGAAGUCGUCUUGUUCAACAUCUUCUAUGAGGUGUUCACUGUGUGCACAUCUGUUGUUGCAGAAGACAGUAAAGGUAACCUCUUACAUGGUAGAAACCUGGAUUUUGGAUUAUUUAUGGGCUGGGAUGUGAAAAACAAGUCAUGGAUCAUUAGUGAGAAGCUGAAGCCUCUGGUGGUCAACCUCGACUUCAAGAGGAAGAACCAGACUGUGUUCAAGUCGACAAACUUCGCCGGCUACGUCGGCAUGCUGACCGGCAUCAAGCCUCAUGUUUUCACUCUGACUAUGAAUGAGCGAUUCAGCCUCGAUGGAGGAUACAUCGGAAUCCUGGAGUGGAUCUUGGGGAAGAGAGACGGGAUGUGGAUGAGCUUCCUCACUCGCUCUGUUCUAGAAAACGCAAACAGCUUCGAGGAAGCCAAGACUCGGCUGGCUCAGACCAAGCUGCUGGCUCCGGCUUACUUCAUCCUCGGAGGAAACCAGACAGGCCAGGGCUGCAUCAUCACCAGGUCCAGACUGCUCAGCAUCGAUCUCUUGGAGAUUGACCUGAAGCUGGGCCGAUGGUAUGUCCUGGAGACCAACUACGAUCACUGGAAGGAGCCUUUGUUCCUGGAUGAUCGCAGAACUCCUGCCAUGAAGUGCAUGAACAAGACCACGCAGACUAAUAUCACACUGAAGACCAUGUAUGAUGUCCUCUCAACCAAACCAGUGCUAAACAAGCUGACUACAUACACGACACUGAUGCAAGUGUCUGAGGGGAAACUGGAGUCGUAUAUCCGCGACUGCCCGAACCCCUGCAUGCCCUGGUAACGGUCCCGCUGAGUCCGUUUGUGGAGACGAGCUCGGCUGAUCUUGGGACAGAAGUGGAAGUUGUUCCUUUAACCCUUUAUCAGGCAAAGAACUAUAUUUGGUAACUUCAGGUAAUAUUUUGAGAAAAAAAUUGCAAAUUUACUAGAUUAAAGUGGCAAAUCUACAAGAAAAAGUUGCAGAUUUAAGAGAUUUAAAGUGGCAAAUCUGUGCGAAAAAAGUCGCAGAUUUACGAGAUAAAAGUGGGGAAAAAAGCAACUUUUUUCUCCCAGAUUCACCACUUUAAAUCUCACAAAUCUGCGCAUUUUUUUCUCAUAGAUUUGCCCCUUUUAAUCUCGUAAACUUUUUUCUCAAAAUAUUAUUUUCGAAUAUUUUUUUUACACAUUCUGGCUGUAUGUAAUAUCCUCCAAUAUUCUCUAGGGUUAAAAUUUGGAAUUUGCAAGUAUUUCAAUGAGUGUCCUAUUAAGGGUUAAAGUGGUGAAUCUGGGAGAAAAAAAAUUAUCUUUUUUCCCACUUUUUUCUCGUAAAUCUGCGACUUUUUUCGCGCAGAUUUGCCACUUUAAAUCUCUUAAAUCUGCAACUUUUUUUCUUGUAGAUUUGCCACUUUAGUCUAGUAAAUUUGCAACUUUUUUCUCGAAAUAUUACCUGAAGUUACCAAAUAUAGUUCUUUGCCUGAUGAAGGAUUAAUUGUUUGCACAGCGAUCAAAUCACCUAAACCAAAGUUUGUCUGGUUAUUUGUUUUAUUUUUCAGGAAUACUUACUUACACUAAAUCCUACUUUUUUCUGUCAAAAUUACCGGAAAAUUGGUACAAAAGUGGAUCAAUUUUGUGAAUGUUUUCCCUGUAGUAAUGUGUUAUUGGGUCCAUCACUGGAUAUCAACAUGGGCAUAGGGUCCCCUGAGAUACAUUUAAUAACUUAAUUGUUGUAUUUUAUGUUAAGCUUGUCAAAUCCAGUCCACUCACCGUUUUGUGCCUCUACACUGUGCAGCCCUGCUGUUUGUUGUUGUGUCAAAUAGCUAUUUUCACACACUGAUACUGACAAAUGUACGUCUUAGAGAUUCCUUCUUAUUUUCAAAGAUUAAUAAAAUUAUUGCUAAAGUUA